CUGAGGCAAAACUAUAAACUACCCACAAGCCAUCUCCUAUAUUAGGUUAUCCAAGAAAUUUUACAAUCCAAGAGCUUGAAAAAUUAACCAUGAAGCAAUUGGUUGGAGUUGUAACUAUUCUCCUGGUAAUUGCAGGGUCGACCUCCAUAGACCCUUUACCACCUUGCAAUGAAAUCAUCUCCCUACUUAGCCCCUGUGUUUCUUACUUGAUUAAAACUGACCCUAAACCUUCAAAACCAUGCUGUGAUGGUGUAAACAGUCUAGCCCAUUACUCCAAUAACAAGGACGAUCGAAAGAGAAUUUGUCAAUGCCUUGAAAAUUCUGCAGCAGAUUACCCUCAGAUUGAUUACUCUCUUUUGCCUUCUCUUCCCAAUAAAUGUGGGGUUAACAUUCUGCUGCCUGCAGUUUCUCCCACGUUCAACUGUUCCAAUGCUUGAUGAGGAAAGCAAUAGGAGUUCUUCAAUAAAAAUAAUUUGGUUCUUAAAUGGUUAAGAUACCAGGCUAUCUAUGUAUGGACAAGCCUUCACUGGAAUAAAAUAGCUUCUUAAACGCUAUUGACAACUUAUGAUAUGUCGUUUUUAGAUUUCUGGAAUCUUAUUUAAGUUUACGCUA